AUGAGGUUCCCUGCUCAGCUGCUGGGGCUGCUGGUGCUCUGGACCCCAGGAUCAAGUGGGGAGGUUGUGCUGACCCAGACCCCCCUCUCUCUGGCCGUCGCCCCUGGGGAGCAGGUCUCCAUCUCCUGCAGGGCUAGUCAGAGCCUAGAAUAUAAUGGACUCAACUUUUUGAACUGGUACCUGCAGAAGCCGGGUCAGUCUCCAAGGCUCCUGAUUUAUGCAGCAUCCAACAGGGCAACAGGGGUCCCUGACAGGUUCAGUGGCAGCGGGUCAGGGACAGAUUUCACCCUGAAGAUCAGCAGCCUGGAGCCUGAGGAUGCCGCCACUUACUACUGUCAGCAGGCUAAUGAUUUCCCGCUCACAGCGACUGUUUUCCGGGCUUCUGUGCGGCCUCCGGGUCUGUUGUCGGACAUGACGCUGCUGCCCUCCUCGCCGCCGCUGGACCGGCGCCGCGGAGCGGGACGUGAGGAGCUGGGAGCUUCCGGCCUCCGCUGCUUCUGCGGACCGGGCUCCUCAGGUCAGCUUGUCAGCAUGAGGUUCCCUGCAGAGCUGCUGGGGCUGCUGCUGCUCUGGAGCCCAGGGGCCAGGGGUGACAUCCAGAUGACCCAGUCCCCACCCUCCGUGUCUGCAUCUCCGGGAGACAGAGUCACCAUCUCUUGCCGGGCCAGUCAGGACAUCAGCAAAUAUAUAGCCUGGUACCAGCAGAUACCUGGGCAGGCUCCUAAGCUCCUCAUCUAUGAUACCUCCAAUCUGCAACCCGGGGUCCCCUCCCGCUUCAGUGGCAGCGGAUCUGGGACAGAUUUCACGCUCACCAUCAGCAGCCUGGAGCCUGAGGACGUCGCCACUUACUACUGUCAGCAGCGUAAAAGUUACCCUCCCACAGUGACACAGGCCUGA